AUUGUAGAGGUACGAAAAUGCAACAACUCCAAACUGAACUGUGAUUUGCAACUUAAUAAGGGCAAACAUGUAAUACCAAAAUUUUAGAGGUACGAAAAUGGAACAACUCCAAACUAAACACUGAUUUGCAACUUAAUAAGGGCAAACAUGUAAUGUCAAAAUUUUAGAGGUACGAAAAUGGAACAGCUCCAACGAUUUGCGGCGACCCCCAAAAUGGGGAAAACCCAAGAUAAUCCAAACCCCCGUCGAUCCCAAUUCCCACAAAUCCCGCAUCUGGACCCUAAUCCCUAUCAAAUCCCAUCUCUGAUCCAAUGCUUCCUACCGGCGACGACCCGUCGGUCGCCGCCGCCGCCGGCAUCUCCUUCCCCGCGGAAGGCGGCGGCGGCGACUCCGAAGACGGCGACUUCCCCGACGCUCACCUCCUCGACCCCUCCGAUCCGGGCCUCCCCAACCCCACCUCUUCCUCUGCCACCGCCCUGCCCCGUGCCGUCCCGGCGGGCGGCAGCGGCGGUUGCCCGGUCACCUCCGGCAAUGGCAGCGAGCGGCGGCCCCUCUUCCAGCGCCUCUGGACCGAGGAGGACGAGAUCGUGAUCCUCCGCGGCUUCGCGGAAUUCACCGCCGCGCGCGGCACGGCGUUCGCGUCACACCAGUACGACACCGACCCGUUCUACGAUGACAUGCGCCGCCGCCUCCAGCUCGACUUCUCCAAGAGCCAGCUCGUCGAGAAGCUCCGCCGCCUCAAGCGCAAGUACCGCAAUUGCGUCGCUCGCCUCCGCGACUCUGGCGUCACCUUCUCCUUCCGCUCUCCGCACGAGCAGGCCAUCUUCGAGAUAGCACGCAACAUCUGGCGCCCUGCAAAUAAGCACGGCCGUGAUCCCUCGGCUGACUCUGACGAUGAAGACGUUGUCGCCACUUCUGCAGCAGCACCUGCCGCCACUCCCGUACCUGCGAACACCAGCCCCAAUGGGGAAGUCAAGUCUCCCUCAGGGCGGCAGCGUCGCCGUAGGCGUGCGACGGAAGUUGGCGCUGGCGCUGGCACUGCCCAUGCCACCAACAUGGUGCAGCCCCCUCAGCCAGUGCAAUUGCCUGUAUCAGUGCCUGUCAAGAUGGAUGACUCCCUCCCUGCACUUCCUCAGACUCCAAUGCCAGUGACGGUGACCAUGGAUGGCUCAGAGCCUCUCAGGUUGCCGGUCAUGUCACCUCAAUCAGGUGUUCUGGAUGCUGAGAAGAGUUGCCUGACUCCUCUAUUUAAGGAGAUGAUACAUGCAGUGAUAAAUGUCGGAGCAAACCCCUUUGGUUCAAAACUGCCUGAGCCACCGCUUGGAUUGCCCAUGGAAGGGGGAAAAUGGAGGAAGCAGCGGAUUUUGGAGCUGGAGGUGUACUUGAAGAGGAUCGAGCUGCUGCAGGACCAGGUGAAUGCCACGCUCGAGGAGCUCAAGUCCUCCACACCUGGGACUUGAUGUGUGAUAAGACGAGAAGGUCUCUCUCAUUUUAGGGUUCUUGGUAUAAUUCUUAGUGUAGGUGCUUAGGUAUUUCUGCACAUUUCCGUCUAUAAAAGGAUAUUGUUAACUGGGUUGGGGCUUGGAACUAGUUUGUUUAUGGUUCUAAUUGCUCAGUGAUGUCAGCUGCCAUUCUGAUCGUCUCUUUUACUCUAUAGAAAGAUGAACACUUGCAAAUAAUUUAUCAAAAUUACGGAUUAUUGUUAUUUGCCUUGGUUUCCUUUCCCCUUUUUGUGUGUGUUGUCAUCAAGUUAUAUGAUUAUAUUAAACAGAUUAGAUUGUGUUACAGUACUGAUGAAUGAUGAUGAAUAGUCAUGUUUGGAAAGGUCAUGGAAUUCAUAUAGAGUAAAAGAGGCUGUAUGGAACAGCUUGAGAAAGGCAAUAGGGAUAUACCAAAUAGGUGACAGUUCGAUUUGUGUUGAUCAUGGCUAUGGUUCUUUUUUGUAAACAUGCAAACUUACCAUGUUAAAUCUGCAUGCAAUAAAUGGUUAGUAUUCUGUCCAA